AUGGACCAAGAUCUCAACUCUGAAAGAAAAUCAGAGAAGUGCUGUAAAAUAUUUAGUGAGGGCAAGGACUGCAUCUGCUCCCUUCCCACUGGUUAUGGCAAAUCACUGAUAUAUGAAUUACUGCCUUUCCUUGACACUGGGUGUCUAGUUGUUGUAGUAGUUCCUCUAAAUGCAAUUCUAAACCAGCAGAUGGAAAAGUUAGGUGAUUUAGCUAUGUCCCUUUGCCCUGGGAAAGUUGACUUCAAUAAACUUAAGACUGGCAAAUAUAGUUACCUUUUUUGCCACCCUGAACAAAUUCUAGACAAUAAAGCUCUUAAUGAGGUUUUUCGCACAGAGGGACUCAGUGGAAGGAAAAUUUAUCUUGUGGUAGAUGAGGCCCAUUGCAUACUGGAGUGGGGAGAGGAGUUUCGUCCGGACUUCAAACGAUUGUUUCAAUUAAGAUCACUAUGUAAAUGCCAAGUACUGGCUUUGUCUGCAACAGUUACAGAUGCUGGUAAAAAAUGUAUUUGUUCAAGUCUUCUUAUGAAAAAUGUUGAGAUAAUAAGUGAAAGUCCGGCCAAAGACAAUAUCAGUCUUACAGUGAAAAGACGACCAAGUCCUACUGCAAGUGGAAACAGUUCUACAACACCCUACGAUUAUAUUUUUCAUCCUGUUAUAACAAAGUUGAAGCAUGAAUUACAAGAUUUUGAGAUCACCAUCAUUUAUUGUAAAUCCAUGCAGUGGAUAGGUUAUGGCUACGAGACAGCCAGAAGAAUCCUUGGCACGGACUUCUACGCAGGUGAUAGCAAACUUGAGCAUGCUCGAGUGGUGAUGUUUCACUCUUCUAUGGAAAAAGAAUCUGGCCAGCUGAAGAACAUGAUACUGACAUCACUUCAAAAACCAGAUGCAGAAUGUCGGAUAAGGCUCAUUAUUUCAUCUGUUGCAUUAGGAAUGGGGGCAGACUUGAAAAACGUUAAAAGGAUAAUACAUGCAGGACCACCAACUAGUUUAGAAACAUAUAUUCAAGAGAUUGGUCGUGCUGGACGAACAGGGUCUGUGGCAGAAGCAGUUCUCUACUUCAAUAAUUCUGACAUAUCAGGUCAAUGUAUGAGAAAGGAUAUGCAAGAUUACUGUAGAAACAAUGAAAAGUGUCGCAGGGAUAUCAUCAAUGAUCAUUUUGGCUUCCAAACCAAGGAAAAACCAACAAUCUGCUGCAAUUUUUGUGACUCUCAACUGUGUAUUGAAUGGGAUUUUUCUAAUUUAGCAAUAAAUAAGUGA